UACCAAAGAAAGCCGCUUAAGAAUUAAAAGUGACAAAACCAACCAACCAACCGUCAUCUUAGCUUUUUAACUAACCACCCCCGCUUCUGUGGAGACUCUAGCUAGCUCGCUACCUUGUUCUUCCAAUGGAGUCUUCUGCAGCUCUCGGAUCUCUCCGUCAGACUUUGGGUUCCUCAAUAAAUGUUCACUCGCUUUCUGGUAACUGGUCUGCCUCUGCCAAUUCUUGUGCGCCACGGUGGAGUUUGUGCAACAGGAACCCCAAGCACACGCUUGUCGUGUUGCGUGCAGAGUCCUCUAAAUCUUCCACAACAACUACCAAAACUGACGAAUCAUGUGAUGCUUCAACGGGGAAGAGUUCCGUUCGACGCACAACGUUCCCGAAAGAAGUGGAGGCACUGGUUCACGAAAUGUGUGAUGAGACUGAGGUUGCUGUGCUCAAACUUAAGGUUGGAGAUUUCGAGAUGAACUUGAAGCGGAAGAUUGGACAGACCGCAACUCCCACUCCCAUGCCUGAUAUUUCUCCAUCAGUAGCUCCUCCCAUUCCUUCUGAGCCCAUGAACAAAUCAGUUUCUGCUGCUGCUGCUGCUGCUAGCCCAUCCAAAGCAAAACCCGCCUCUGAAAAAGUGUCUCCAUUUAUUAAUGCUGCAUACCGAAAAUCAUCAAAGUUGGCUGCUUUGGAUGCAUCUGGAUCUAACAACUAUGUCCUAGUCACCUCUCCCUCAGUGGGCAAGUUUCAGAGAAGCAGAACUGUAAAGGGAAAGAAACAAGGUCCUAGCUGCAAAGAGGGUGAUGCAAUAAAGGAAGGGCAAGUGAUUGGAUACGUACAUCAGCUGGGAAAAGAACUUCCAGUAACGUCUGAUGUAGCUGGUGAAGUUCUCAAGCUUCUUUCAGAUGAUGGAGACUCUAUAGGGUAUGGGGAGCCUCUGGUUGCGGUCUUGCCAUCGUUCCAUGAUAUCAACAUCCAGUGAUGAUGUCAGGGCCCAGUUCCACAAUAAAUUAAUAGCAUCUUCAUAUGGAGACUGUACUCUUCUUCAUCUUUCCUUUUAUGGAGUUUGAGAAUCUAUUUUGAUCUUCAUCUUUGAUCACAUGAUUUGUGUGGAGAUUUAAUUCCUGAACAUGUGACACGCAGCUAUAUUGUUUUGGUCACUCUUUUGGAUUUUUGGUUCGUCUUAAUAUGGGAUCAUCUAUUUUUUCUGCA